AUGUCUGAUCCCUCCAAAACCCCGCUCUUGCUUGUGGCCUGCGGCUCUUUCUCCCCAACAACAUACCUGCAUCUGCGCAUGUUCGAGAUGGCUGCGGACUACGUCAAGUUUAGCACGGACUUUGAGUUGAUUGGCGGCUAUCUGUCGCCUGUGUCGGAUGCCUAUAAGAAGGCUGGCUUGGCCAGUGCAGUGCACAGAGUCGCCAUGUGCCAACUAGCAGUAGAAAAGACCUCGAACUGGCUCAUGGUGGAUCCAUGGGAGCCCAUGCAGAAAGAAUACAUCCCCACCGCAGUAGUUCUCGACCACUUCGACUAUUACAUCAACCAGGUCCUGGGUGGGAUUGAUACCGGCAACGGCACGCGCAGGCCAGUGCACGUUGCCCUCCUCGCCGGUGCUGACCUCAUCCAUACCAUGUCCACACCAGGCGUGUGGAGUGAAAAGGAUCUAGAUCAUAUACUUGGACAAUACGGAACCUUCAUCGUCGAACGUGCUGGCACAGACAUCGACGAAGCCAUCGCCAGCCUCCAACCCUGGAAAGAGAACAUCUACGUCAUCCAGCAACUGAUCCAAAACGACGUAAGCAGCACCAAGAUCCGCCUCUUUCUCCGCCGCGAGAUGAGCGUACGAUAUCUCAUCCCCAGCCCUGUCAUUGACUACAUUGAGAAACACCACCUAUAUGAAGAUGAGGGGUCCUCGUCGUCUACUGCUGCGUCUACUGCUACGUCUGCUGCUGCCUCUAAUGCCAAUACCGCUUCUGCUUCUUCCGCGAGAAGUUCGCGAGCUGGCAAGGGGAAGGGUAAGCAAGGGCAGAUGGAGGAUGCGACGACAUCGGAUGUUGCUGGUGAGUGA